AAAAAACACAAAAAUGAGAAACUAAUCACUUGGGAGUUGAGAACUUCCCUCCACUUCACAAACCGUUAUCCCUUCCUCCUUAUGCAGUUGUGAAAGCAGUUAUGUAUCUCUAACACUGCCAUAAUCAAGGUGCCUUCUGUGACUGUCUCUCCUUUUUCUUCACAAGAAUUCAGAAGAAAUGCCCAUUUCCCCUUUUCUCUUCUUCUUCCUGUAUUUGUUCAUUUCUCUCUCCCUUGCAGAUGGGACUCAACUUAUAAUUGUCAACCAUUGCAAGGAGAGCAUAUGGCCAGGGACCCUGGGCACUGUAGGCCAUCAAACUCCCAAAGAUGGUGGCUUCCACCUCCACAGUGGUGAGCAAAUAGUCAUGGAAGUCCCUGAGAAUUGGUCUGGGAGAAUAUGGGGUCGACAAGGUUGUUGCUUCGACGAAACCGGUAAAGGCUCAUGCCAAACCGGAGACUGUGCUGGCCUACUAUACUGCAGGGGCACUGGAGGCAAACCUCCGGCAACCCUCGUUGAAAUGACACUUGGAACUCCAAAAUCAGCCUUGCAUUACUAUGAUGUGAGUCUAGUUGAUGGAUUUAACCUCCCAGUUUCAAUGAUCCCGGUGGGUGGCAGUAUUGGAUGCGGUGUAGCGGCCUGUGAGGCCGAUUUGAACGCUUGCUGCCCGAAAAACUUGGUGGUGGAACAAGGAGGGAAGGUAGUGGGGUGCAAGAGUGCAUGUUUGGCAGCGAGGUCAGACCGGUAUUGUUGCACCGGGGACUUUGCAAGCCCUAAUAGUUGUAGGCCAACAGUAUUUGCACAUCUCUUUAAGGCCAUUUGUCCCAGGGCUUAUAGCUAUGCCUAUGAUGAUUCUACUGCACUUAAGAAAUGCAGGGCUCCUCGGUAUGUAAUCACUUUCUGCCCUCCCAAAUGAUAGAUGGU